CCUCUUCGUAAUUUUAUUAUCCCUUUCCUCUUAUCGAAGCCCUCCCCUGCCUUGCCAGUUUCUGAUAGACCAAUAAAUUAAAUCAGUGUGGUAAUGGCUUUUUCUGACGAUGAGGAAGAAGAGGCUCAACUCCGUUCUGUCUCAAACUACUAUUUCCAUGAUGAAAAAGAUGAGGCGGUUUGCUUUUCUCAGUUGCCACUACAAUUUGUGGGAAAAGAAUGCUCAAGUGAUGGAUCUAAAACGAAUAUAUUUUUGAGAGGAGUAGCUGAUGAUGGGCUCUUAAAAAUUUGCAAUCAUGUCACUGCCUGGAAAUUCGAUCUGUCUAAUGUUGGGAUGCCGGUGAUUUCUGUUUUAAGUAAAGAAAAUGGGUGGCUUAAGCUACAGAAGCCAAGGAAGAGCUUUGAGCCUGAGAUUAGAAGUAUUUUAAUAACGGUUCAUUUUUUGCAUCUUCUUAGUAGGAAACCCGAUUUGUCAGGGAAAUCAUUGUGGGAGCAGUUAGCUAAAAAUUUUAGCUUGUAUGAGGUAAAACCUUCACAGAAUGAUUUGGUGGAUCACAUGGAUUUGAUUGCCGAGGCUGUUAAAAGUGAUGAUUCAUUAGCAAAAUCCAAGUUUUUGCGCUCAUUUUUGGAGGAGAGGCCCAAAAAGCAGAAACUUGCUAAUGAGAAUGCUCGAGACACGUCAAUUUCUGGAUUUAUAGUUAAUGAUGCAGUUGAUGACACUGAGCUAGAUGAUUCCAACCAUGAUGAUGACCAUGAGGAUGAUUCCACUCAUGAUGAUGACGAAGAUGACUUGUAUGAUUCAGUUUGUGCUAUUUGUGACAAUGGGGGUAAUAUUAUAUGUUGUGAUGGAAGGUGUAUGAGAUCAUUUCAUCCUACUGCUGAUGAAGAGUCUGCGUGUGAAUCUUCUUGUGAAUCUCUUGGCCUUACUCCGAAGCAAGCUAACGCAUUGGAAACUUUCUUAUGCAAGAAUUGUGAACAUAAUCAACAUCAGUGUUUUGCUUGUGGGAAGUUAGACUCGUCUGAUAAGUCCUCUGGUGCUGAGGUCUUUUGCUGCAGUAAUGCAACCUGUGGUCGCUUUUAUCAUCCACAUUGUGUGGCAAAAUUGCUCCAUGAGGAUAAAGUUGCUGCUGAAGAGCAUGGGAAAAAAAUUUCAGCAGGGGAAUUUUUUACAUGCCCCACUCAUAAAUGUUGUGUUUGUAAACAAGGAGAAAACAAGAAAGUCAAGGAGCUGCAAUUUGCUUUGUGUAGACGUUGCCCCACAUCAUACCACAUGAAAUGCUUACCAAGAGAGAUUGCAUUUGAUGAUAUAGAAGAGGAAGGUGUUAUACAAAGGGCUUGGGAGGGUCUUCUUGAAAAUCGUGUACUUAUAUAUUGCUUAAAACAUGAGAUUGAUGAUGAACUAGGGACUCCAAAAAGGGACCAUAUAAAAUUCCCUUUUGAUGAAACAACAAAAAGAAAAGCAUCAGAUGUGCUCAAAAGUCAUGAAAAGGUUGGCUUCAAGAAGAGAAGUCUUGCGUCAGAAGACACUUCACUAGGAAGAACUGCCAUGAAGGCAGCAAAGCAAUCUUCUGUUGUUAAAGCUGGUGAAGCUAGAAAAAAGAGUGAAGAAGUUACUCCUGGGAAAAUAACCCUAAAGAAAGUCAAAUCCACUGGCCCAUCCAAAAAGCCUUCGAGGCAGAUCUCAAAGCCUGUGCCAAUGGAUAUGGGCAAAUCCUCUUCUUCUGGUGGACACAAGAGCUCGCUGGGGGACAGAUUAUUCGCUUUUAUGACUCGGGAGAGUGAGCAAGUUAAGCCUGGGAGACAAGAUACGCUCAAAGGUGGUCUUAAUAAGGCUGCAAUGGACAAUUCUACUGCAAAAAGUAAAAGCUCGGAAAUGCCUUCAUUAGAUGCUGAUUCUGAGAAAAGAUUACUCGAUUUAAUGAAAGAGGCUGAAUCAUCAAUAACUUUAAAAGAUAUAAUAGCGAAGCAAAAUCUCCCAUCUACACACAAACAUUCUUCAAAAAGUACCAUUGAAAGAAUUACACUUGGAAAGAUAGAGGGUUCGGUUGAGGCUGUUCGGAUGGCUUUAGCAAAACUAGAGGAUGGCUGUAGUAUUGACGAUGCUCAAGCUGUUUGUGAGCCAGGGGUUUUAAGCCAGAUUUUAAAUUGGCAGCACAAAUUCAAAGUAUAUCUUGCUCCUUUCCUAUAUGGCAUGCGCUACUCAUCUUUUGGUCGCCAUUUUACCAAAGUGGAUAGACUUAAGGAGAUUGUUGAUAGACUUCAUUGGUAUGUGCAAGAUGGUGAUACGAUUGUAGACUUUUGUUGCGGUACUAAUGAUUUUAGUUUAAUAAUGAAAAGAAAGCUUGAAGAAACAGGGAAGAAGUGCUCAUUCAAAAACUAUGAUAUUUUCCAAGCAAAGAAUGAUUUUAAUUUUGAAAAGAAAGAUUGGAUGAGCGUGAAACCAAAUGAAUUGCCGAAAGGUUCACAAUUGAUAAUGGGUCUAAAUCCUCCUUUUGGAGUUAAAGCUGCUUUGGCAAACAAGUUCAUUGACAAGGCCCUCGAAUUUAAACCGAAACUUUUGAUCCUUAUUGUUCCACCAGAAACAGAAAGGUUGGAUGAAAAGAAAUUUUUGGAACCUCCUUAUGAACUCAUUUGGAAGGAUAAUAAGUUUUUAUCUGGAAAGUCAUUUUAUCUGCCUGGUUCUGUUGAUGCAAAUGACAAACAAAUGGAUCAGUGGAAUGUGAUGGCUCCACCUCUCUAUCUUUGGAGUCGUUCUGAUUUUUCAGCUAACCACAAGGGCAUAGCUGAAAAACAUGGUCAUCUACCCAAGGAACCAGAGAGUUUAGAUCAGGAAAUGAUUAUUGAUGAGACACCCAUGUCUCAAAUGCCAUUGGAGGAUGCUGCUCUUCUUAAUGAUGCUUCUGAGUUGAAAGAUCAUUUGCAAAAUCAUGAAGUUGAGGAAUAUAAACAAGAGAAAUCUGUGUCGGUGACUCCAAAAGUGUGCUCCCCUCAUCAGCAAAGUGAUGAGAAGAACCAAUCCAGGGAAACCUCCAGUAAGUCUCAUCAGCGAAGUGAUGAGAAAAACCAAUCCGGGGCAACCUCGAGUAAGACUCAUCAGCCAAGUGAUAAGAAGAACCAAUCCAGGGCAACCUUGAGUAAGACUCAGCAAAAUGAUGAGGACAACCAAUCCAGAGAGACCUUGAAUAAGAGUCAUCAGCAAAGGGAUGAGAAGAACCAAUCCGGGGAAACCUCGAGUAAGCUUAAAAGAAAGAAUAGUGAAGAGAAUCCUGGAAGGGGAACUGAUAAAAAGAGUGGAGGAAGGACUCCUAGAAGCAAGACGCAUGGUGGAAUUCCUAACUCUUCUCCAUCCAAUGUGAUGGGUAGCAGAUCCUCAGUGGAAGGUGCCUCCUUCAAAUCGCCUAACCAGCAUCAGAACGCCAACAUGAAUAGUUCGCAUAUUCCACAUAGAACUUCAUAUGGCGACACUAGGACCAGUUUUAGUGAUGACAUGGAAAGGUACAACAUGACAAAUGACCCCUAUUCGGUUGGUGGCCUCAGUCAUGGCUAUGGACAUUACGCCAAUGAAAUGGCUAGAGAAUUUGAAAUGCGCUCGCAAGCUUUCUAUGGUCAAGCUCCUGAUAUAUCUUCUCAGAGAAACAAUAUGGCUGGACUUAACUCUGGUUUUGGUCCAACACCACCCUCCUAUGGACAACAACCCGGUGCUACAAUGAAUCUGUCCUACAGGACGCAUAUGUCUGCAACGCAGCGAUAUGCUCCUCGUCUAGAUGAAUUGAACUACGCUAGGAUGCGUCCAGCAGGGCCUGAGCCACCAAUGAGGAAUAGAAAUGCCUUUUAUGAUCCUAGACCACCUUUCAUGACUGAUCCUCGUGCACCCCGACCUCCACAUCCUAUGGGUUUCGCUCCUGGUUCAUACCACCCGUACUAACAUCAGAAUUCAGCUGGUUGGCUCAAUGAAUAGAUAAUUCAUCAUCCAUCAUCUCUAGGGGAUGAUAUUCAGAAUUUUGGUUGUUGAACCCUUACCUGAUCCUCUAAUGCUGACAUUAAUGAUCUUGCUGUUCAGUGCAGGAUUCAGCCAAUUUUGUUUCAUGCCAUGC